GGGGCACAGGUGCUGCAAACCGAAGGGUUUAUGUGCUCCGCGUUUAAAUAGCACUGCCAGCGGCAACCACGGCAGUAGUAUUGGUUUGCAUCGCGCCCGAGGGAGCACAUACGAUGAGAGCAUCAAGAAUCAUAAUAAUAUUGCUGGCGAGCUUCGGUGCGGUCGAGCCGGAGCUGUAUGAGGACGCGGCGACGCUCUGCGACAGGUGUGCGUGCGUGAUCGCGAAUCGGACCAGCGCGGUGCACGGGUACGAUCUGCUGGACUGUUCGCGCAAGGGGCUGACGCACAUGAUCGGGGGCUGGCCGGCCCGGUUCGACACAGCCGAGCCGGAGCGCGAGAUCGUCCUGUCGCUGUCCGGGAACAACCUGACACGGCUGGAGCAGCUGCCCGCAACCAACACGACGCUGGUGUUCAGCUGCCGCCACUGCAACCUGGCCAGCGUGGCGGGCGGCCUGUUCCUCGACACCGCGAACGUGCUCCGGGUCGACCUCAGCCACAACCGGCUGACGGGCGAUGCGCUGACGGCGGCCGUGUUCCGCGGCCAGUACGUCGGCGAGGACAGCGGGCUGCUGCUGCAGCUGGACGAGCUCGAUCUGGGCGCGAACGCGAUCGCCCACCUGCAGGAGGACGCGUUCGAGCACAUCGUGAGCCUGCGGGAGCUGUCCCUGGCCCGCAACCCGCUCGGCCGGCUGGUGGGCGGUACGGCGCGCGCCCUCGCCCAGCUCGUCAACCUGGAGCAUCUCGACCUGUCGUACGCCGAGCUGACCGAGCUGGACGACAGCGUGUUCGGCGGGAUGCGGUCGCUCCACGAGCUCGACCUGUGCGGGAACCGGCUCGGCGCGGUACCGGAGGCGCUCUAUCCGCUCGCCGCGCUGCACACGCUCAACCUGGCGGAAAACCCGAUCGAGGUGCUGAGCUUCGCCCAGCCACUCGACUAUCUGUUUGAGCUGAACGUGAGCAGCAUGCCGGUGCUGCACACCGUCGAAGUGGACUCGUUUGCUCACGUGCGCAUGCUGCGCACGCUGCUCGCGCGCAACAACACGCCGCUGGAGGUGUUCGACAUGACCAUACUGUACCAUCUGACCGAUCUGCGCGAGCUCGACCUGUCCCAGUCGAAGCUGAAGCAUCUGCACCCACCGACCGGCAGUGUGGUCCUGCCGCCCGCCGCCUACCUGAACGUGCUCGAGAUACUGCUGCUGCACGGGAACCCGUGGCACUGCGACUGUGCGCUGCAGAAGGUGCUCCGCUACAUCCACUUCUUUUCCCACUCGGACUACGAGGAGGAGGACGAUACGCGCUGCGAGACGCCCCACAUGCUGGCCGCGAUGCACCUGGUCGACCUGUACUACAUCGACGUGUGCGACCAGCCGGAGGAGGGCCCGGCCGGCCCGAUGUACGAGAAGCCGGCCUUCCUGCGCCCGGGCGCCAUCUUUCUCUCCCUGCUGUCGGUCGGCAUCGUCGUCGGGCUCGGCAUCGUCAUCGGGCUGGUGAUCGUGUGUCUCAAGCGCCGGCUGGCGGCCCAGGGGCUCGGCUUUACCUCCGCGCCGGUCCGCUACACCUCGGUGCGCGAAAGCACCACGUCCACCGUUUUUCAACCGUAGAGCGCUUGUGGAUUGUGAGUCGGGCGGGCAAAAGGGGGAGGCUGCAAAACGUUCCUUACACUAGGGCUGGUAGAGUAAACCGUGGUUUAAAAUCAACAUUCCACAUCUAAGCUAG